CAGAGCCAAUAAUUUCAAUCAUGGUUUCAAACAAAAAAAUAAUUUCAAUCACGAACAUGAUUUUUUUCUGAAUUUUUGGACGCGGACCUAACCCCUCACGAUGUAGAGUGUCUCGGUGCAUUUCCCUUUCAUUCCCUAUGUGCGAUAAUGUUAUUGCGGUGAUAGCCCACACGAGCGUUAAUUUGUAGGUCAAGCUGCAGAGUGCUCGUUGUGUCCUUGCUAUGAAUCAGGGACACAUGUACUCAGCUUUUAGUAAUGUGACACGAACCAAACAACAUGAUGUACCGGCGUGUUAAUUGCCUGUACCUUUCCCUUCUCAAUCCGAUGUGCAAUGGACUUUAUCUCCUGAGUGCCCCAUGAUUAUGAAGUAAUGCUACUUGACAAUGGGUAUUAGAUUGUAGGUUAAGCUACAACGGUGUGGUUCUCAGUAAUCCUUUUUAUGCAUUAUCAUCCGGGAUCAUUUUGUUUGGAACUCCCACUGUUUUUUUUCAGGAAGCAACAGAACGUGCCCACACACAGCAGCAGAAAAGCAAAUCUAGAAUACGUAGAAGGCUAACCACUAAAACUUGCACUCUACCACUAGGUUACGUUAGUUGAUCAGUAGAGUGUGCUCGUUUCUAAAGGCCGCGACCAUUUUGUUCAGAGGAUUGAAGCUCACUCUUCUUCUGCACUUCUCUUAGAUGACCAUUUUCCAUAAUAAUAAAAACUGAAACCUGAUCUUUUCUAGCUGUUUCAGUUUCAUAAAAGGCUUCGUUGUUAUCUUUGACAGUUUUUUUUCAACACCGAAGAAUAAAGUGAAGUUCAUUAAGCAGCUUUUGAAGGUACCGGAGACUGAACGAAGCGAAGGGAACAUUAUCUUGCUGUGGACGCCUGCAUCAAAAGCUUGAGUUUUCUGUACCAAACCAUUUUAAUUCCAGGUUAAAGUUCAUCUGAAAAAAAGUCAAAAAGCAACACAAAACUAUCUGAUGGCAUACUGGCAAAUUCGAGCACAAUUGCCGCGCAAAAAGUUGAGUCUGGAAUCCUUCAGGUUUCAGUUAUAGAAACUUGCUCGGUUCGAUGCAAUGCAACCACAAACCAAAAUUCUUCAAACCAGAAGGAUACGGCACAGCAGGAUUAAUUGCACUGCACACACAGAGAUUACUAACCAGCAAAGCAAGAUAUUCAGCGUUGAUAUGAUCUUCUCCGUCCUGAAAUGCUCAAAAUCCACUGGCUGGCAAACAUGCAAUCCAAGGACUGGGUCGAGACUAGUUGAUCAAAACAUGCAAACUACCAACCUAGAACUUACCCACAAACGAAGAAAUCCCUAAUCAGCUGCAUCUUAUCCCCUAACUUUUCUCAUCCGUGGGAUUGACGGAGACAGGGGACUCAUCUAUUUCGCCAGGUGUCAACGGCGGCGGAGAGAGCCGACGGUAGUCGGGCAGACGACAAGCGCGGCAGAGCUGAGCAUAGCACCAGAGGAUGCUUUACGAUUCGAGCUAUUUCUGAGUUCUGACAGGUGGGACCCGUGUUCAGCGGGAGACCGGGUUAGGCUUCAGAGGAGACCGAGUGACUGUCUGACUGACCCACUCGCAGUCUCGCACAACUAGCCAUCCUGUUAGCUUAGCCCUAAACUCUUCUUUCCCGAUGGCGUCGUCCCCGCCGCCGCCUAAGCUGCCGAUUCCCGGCCGGCGCAACAUACUUAUCACCAGCGCACUUCCCUAUGUCAAUAAUGUCCCCCACCUCGGGAACAUCAUCGGCUGUGUGCUCAGCGCCGACGUGUUCGCGCGAUACUGCCGGCUCCGGGGUUACAACGCUAUCUACAUAUGCGGGACUGACGAGUAUGGCACCGCCACCGAGACGAAGGCCAUGGAGGAGAAGUGCACGCCCAAGGAGAUCUGCGAUAAGUAAGCCCGCCUCUGUUUGUCAUCACCUUUCUUACUUGUUGUUGAGAAAUUGGUUUGGUUUAAUUCCUCUCGAGCUGUCUGAGGUUGCAGUAGAACGGAAGUAUGUUAAUGCGCACUAUAAUACUUGAGAACUACAGUAAGCCAAUAAGCAGGGACUCAGGGUGUGUACAGUACAGUGCAAAGAUGUUUAUGUGGGCUCUUAAAGAGAGAGACAGGGCAAGCGUCACGUCCUUAAGCUUGUCUGCAAUAGUUCCAGCCUACAAUGGAACUAACCAUUUGACAGAUGCUUCAAUUUAGGAGCUUGUUUAAGCAUUUACCUGUCCAAAGCAUGUAUAACAUAUUUCAGUUAUUUAUUUUUGGCUCGGGUAGCCGUUCGACAGUGCAGUCUGGAUAGAAGGCCAGCCCUUGGUCCCAACGCCUGCCAGAGCCCCGAUUCAUCAUGCAACUGCCCACACUCCAUGAUAAGAGAUUUUGUUAACUGCUCAUAAUGUCUGUUAAGAGCCAUGAGCUGCACCUGCCCUUGCGGGACAAAGUGGUAAAGUUUUAGCAUAUCAGUUGAUUGGUUUUCUUCAAUCGAUUCUAUUGCUGAAUUCCGGAUAGACUUUUCCUGAAUCACAUUGAACAGGACCAGCGGUACAGAAGCUAGUUGGUGCCUAGAUUUCUGUUGAUAAAUGAUUUGAUGUAUGGAAUACUAUCUUUGAUUCCGAAUGUAGGUUGUUUUAGGAGACUAUGCAGUAAGACUUUCUUACUUGUGUGUUCUAUUGGGUUUUAACUCUAGCCUACCCCAACUUGCUUGGGACAAAAGGCUUUGUUGCUGUUUUUUUGUUGUAAGACUUUCUUAACUUGGACCAUUAGUAUACGAAACUGAAAACUAGCAUAGAUUUACAACACAUGGUUGAUGUUACUAUUUUCAUUAUGGAAAAUACAUUCAUAAUGCAUAAUCUUCCAUGUUUAAAAUAGUAUAUUUUAACAAAAAUUGCAUGUCAAAGCAUUACAUUGAAGACUGUGCCCCUCUCCCUCUGUUCUAAAUGACCUAUAUUUGUGAUCAGAGGAAGAAGUUGGUUGUCUGGUUGGUAACUUAAUUAUUGAUCAUCUGGUUUGUUUUGUGUGUUCAAUCUGGAAUUACUGAAUGUAUGUAAUGCUGCAAUUUUGUUAGAGUUCAUCAUUUAUAUAUCUUCAAUAUCUUUUAAAAUUGGGCUUCUAUGAUAUUGAUAUGGCGUGGCCGCUUUGGGGACCUCAGAGGGGCGUGGAGGAGUAGAUGUGAUAGAGGAAUGGAACGCAGUGGGUAUGGGGGUCGGCUGGGAGGGUUCCCAGGGUCACUGGAGUUGGACUAGGAGUCAGCCACGAUGACCAGAGGAGCCACCCAGCAGGUACCAUGCUAUCCACAAUGAAGUUUACAAGUGGUUUAACAUAAAAUUUGACAAGUUUGGGCGGACAUCUUCUCCAGAGCAGACAGAAAUCUGCCAUGCAAUUUUCCAUAAAUUGAUGGAAAACAAUUGGCUCACAGAAAAUACUAUGCAGCAGCUUUACUGCGAUAUGUGCCAAAAAUUUCUAGCCGAUAGGCUUGUUGAAGGAACAUGCCCAAACAAAGUCUGCAACGCAUCAGCACGAGGAGAUCAGUGUGAAACAUGCAGCACCUUGUUGAAUCCAACAGAACUUAUUGACCCAAAGUGCAAGGUUUGUAAGAAUACUCCACGUAUUCGUGACACGGAUCACUUAUUUUUGGAGCUUCCUCUAUUGAGAGACAAGCUGGUAAACUACAUCAAUGAAACUUCAGUUGCUGGUUUGUGGAGUCAAAAUGCUAUUCAAGCAACAAAUGCAUGGUUGAAGGAAGGGCUAAAGCCACGCUGCAUCACCAGAGAUCUUAAAUGGGGUGUUCCUGUUCCUCAUGAGAAGUAUAAAGACAAGGUCUUCUAUGUUUGGUUUGAUGCACCUAUCGGAUAUGUGUCUAUUACGGCAUCCUAUACACCUGAAUGGGAGAAGUGGUGGAAGAAUCCUGAUAAUGUAGAGUUGUUUCAGUUUAUGGGCAAAGAUAAUGUGCCGUUUCACACGAUCAUGUUCCCUUCAACGCUACUUGGAACUGGGGAAAAGUGGACAAUGAUGAAGACAAUAAGUGUUACUGAAUAUUUAAAUUAUGAAGCAGGAAAAUUUUCCAAGAGUAAAGGUAUUGGAGUCUUUGGUAAUGAUGCAAAGGAUACAAAUAUUCCUCCUGAAGUAUGGCGAUACUACUUGCUUAUGAACCGUCCUGAGGUAUCAGAUACACUUUUUACUUGGGCUGAUUUGCAAGCCAAAUUGAACAGCGAGUUGCUGAACAACUUGGGGAACUUCAUUAAUCGUGUGCUAAGUUUUAUUGCAAAAGAAGCUGGAGCUGGAUAUGAUUCUGUUGUACCUGAUGCUCCUAAUGCGGGUGAACACACAUUGACAAAGAUACUUGCAGAAAAAACAAGUAAAUGGGUUGAACAAUAUCUCGACGCAAUGGAAAAGGUUAAACUGAAACAAGGACUGAAGAGUGCAAUGGGCAUUUCUAGUGAUGGAAAUGCGUAUCUGCAGGAGAGCCAGUUUUGGAAACUUUACAAGGAAGAUCCUGCAGCAUGUGCGAUCGUGAUGAAAACUUCAGUUGGCCUUGUCUACCUGCUUGCCUGUCUGCUAUCACCUUUCAUGCCCUCCUUUUCUGAUGAAGUAUUACGUCAAUUAAAUUUAUCUCCAGAAGAAAAUUUGUCAUUAAGUGAAGAAAAGGGAGAAAUUGCAAAGGCAAAAUCUCCUUGGGAUUUUGUACCAGCAGGGCACAGAAUAGGGAAGCCUGCACCUCUGUUCAAGGAAUUGAAAGAUGAAGACGUAGCUCUCCAUAGAGAAAAAUAUGCAGGGAGUCAAGCUGAGAGAAGCUCAAAAGCAGCAGCUGAUGCUGAAGCCAACAAAGUUGCUAAUCAGCUCAAGGGCACAAAAUUAUCCGAUGGAGGAACAAAAAAGGGACCAAAGAAACAAUCUGGUGGUUCGAAAUCGAAGACAGCUGAUGCUGAUAUUACGGUUGCAAAAUUGGAUAUUAGAGUGGGCCUUAUCAGGAAAGCAGAGAAGCAUCCAGAUGCUGAUUCCCUUUACGUGGAGGAGAUUGAUGUUGGAGAGGACACACCAAGAACAGUGGUCAGUGGCCUCGUCAAAUUCAUACCUCUCGAAGAAAUGCAGAACCGGAAAGUUUGCGUACUCUGCAAUCUGAAACCUGUGGCAAUGCGUGGUAUAAAAUCACAUGCAAUGGUUUUGGCUGCAUCGAAUGAGGACCACACGAAGGUUGAGUUGGUGGAGCCACCCGAAUCUGCUGCCGUGGGCGAGCGUGUUACCUUUGCUGGGUACUCGGGGGAGCCUGAGGCUUCCCUCAGUGGCAAGAGCAAGACGUGGGAGAAGCUGGCCGCCGAGCUGCACAGUAACGGUGAGCUCGUGGCGUGCUACAAAGAUGUGCCCUUCACAACCUCGGCUGGAAUCUGCAAGGUCAAGACAAUAGCAAACGGAGAGAUUCGCUAGGCACAUCUCCGAACUGCAGCCAGCUGACCCAAUCUGGGAAGUGCUAAACUUUAGCAUCAUGAACCUAAACAAGCCUAAAGCCUUUUAUGUUUGAAAAGUCGUGUACAAGACAAACUCUCCGUGAAGAGAUGCUUUUUUUUUACUUACUCUACUAGAGACUCCUAAAAAAUACCGAUAUUAAUUGGGGUUAUACA